AUGGCCAAGAGGAAAGGAACUGGGCUUCUAACCAAGGUGUUGCUGGUUCUAUUCCCAGGAUGGUACACCACUCCUCAGGUGCAGAUGGAUCACACAGAGAGUGGAGAUGAGUCCUGUGAGGGAAACACCGAGGACCUGGACAGCGUCAAAGCGCUCACGGAGAAGCUGAAGCUGCAGACGCGCAGACCGUCGUAUCUGGAGUGGCAGGAGCGGCUCCAGAGCGGACCGUGGAAGGACAACUGCUCCGCCGGUGCAGACGGUGCGGGACCCGCGGUCAUUCUGCGCAACGAGAACUCACAGCUGGUUGUGCGCAACAUCUGCGGCUUUGACACCAUCGAUGACGCGUUGGAGUUUCUGAGAAAAGAGCUGCGGGAGAUGCAGGUGCAGGACAACCGUCUGGCCCGUCAGCUGAUCGGUCUGCGCGCGGAGAUCCACCGGCUCAAAGUGGAGCAGGUGUGCGACCGCCACAAGGAGAUGCUGGACGACGCGUCGUACGAGCUGGAGGAGUGCGACGAGGAGUCGGACCUGCUGUGUGACAUCCCCAUGAAGGCCGCCUUCGCUCUGUCCACCCCACUGAAACACCUGGGCCUCACCAAGAUGAACAUCAACUCCAGACGCUUCUCACUGUGUUAAACUCUCUCUGCAUUUCAUCACUGCCUCUGUGCUUGUAUGGACACAUUAUCACCAGGUUAUUUCCUCCUCUGAAGAUCUGGAGUGCCAGAUACCAGUGCCAGCAGUCAAAAUGAAAAUAACGACAUGCACGAGGAAGCUUCUGUGUGCAGACCUGUAUAUGAACACUCCCUUAAUGCCAGCACACCCUCUUGCUGGAUAGAGUCUGCACUGUAGUUACACAGUUUAAUGUGAACCCAAGUAGAAUAGACUGAUUUAGGUCAAUGGUAGUUAGGGUUUGGGAAGUAUAAGAUACUGACACAUAGACAAGUGUGCUUUUAGGCCUCACCUGAUAAAAAUCUACACAUGCUUUGAAUAUCAUGAGGAUAUGUUUACCAUGUUACCUCGCCAUUAGACAACAGCCCUUUACUCGUUCACUGAGGUAAACGCAAACAAGCAAACAAACGACACUGUCAACAGAGGAUCAGCAACCUGCGGCCGCAAAUGUAAACUUGUAAAUGUAAAAUUGCUAAGGUUUUCAGUUUAAUAAAAGAAUGUAAAAUUAGAGAUAUGGUCCAAUCUAAUCCAAUCCAACUUUAUUUAUAAGGCACUUUAAAAACAACAACAGCUGAAAACAAAGUGCUGUACAUCAGAGAUAAAUAAAAUAUAAAAACAUGAGACCUAAUAGACCUAAGAACAAACAAUAAAACAUACAAGUAAGAAUGAAAAAGAAAAGAUAAAACCAACUUCUCAUAUUGGGUUGAAAGCCAAAGAGUAAAAGUGUUAGUACGUCAUACAA